AUCAGCCGCACGAGCUGGUGUCCUUGGAAGCGCGAAGACUCAAACAGAAUAAUCAUAUCAACAUGAGGGCGUCAGUGGUCUUUAUUUUGGUCAUCACAAGCUUGUUGAGUGCGACGUCAGGGAAGGCGCCCGCGCAAUUCUUCUGCGGGAGAAGACUCGCAGACACGCUGGCUUUGUUCUGCCCGUCCGCUGAGCUGGUGAAGAGAUCAGGGCACCACGGGAGGUGGCACUACCCCGGCAACGAGGUGCUGGGUGCGGGAGACGAGGGCUGGGACCGCGAGCUGGGUCUGGGUGGCGCUGGGUCGGAGGGCUGGCUGUGGCGCGGUGCGUUGAGCGGCGCCCGCGGGAAGAGAGGAGUCAUCUCCGAGUGCUGCGACCAGCCUUGCACCAUCGACGAGCUGCUCACCUACUGCUGAAACGAUCGCAGCGAACCUAUUCAUAGCACAAACCUUUAUCGAAGUGACUAUUUACACCAUACUUCAUGUUCGCAUAACCAACAUGUGUAAUCUAAAGUAUCAUAAAGGGGAAAGAGAACUUUAUAUUAAAAUCUUACGUUAGUGUUAGGUGUAAUGAUAAUGUAGAGUUUAAUUGGCUUCAUCACGCACUUAAUUGCUUUUUCAAUAGGUUAUAACUAGAAAAGUUUUUUUUUUAUUUAUCACGAUUGUUUCUUCUUAUUUGUUGCUGUCUUCAUUACUGAAGGUCGUGUAUAGCUUAUAAUGUUGACUACCCGAUGCACUAUGCUUCUCCCCACGUAUUCUUCGGCAGUCUUUAAAGCCUCGGUUAUUGAUGGGCCAGUGAGCGACUUUACUAGGUCUGACCAGCGGGUAGGUGAGCGACCGCGUGAUCUCCCGUCGAUCCAGCCUACUACCAUCAGCUUCUCUAGGCUGUCAGGGUUUCGAUUUGAGUAUAUUUUAUUUGAGUAUACGCUGGUAACAGAUAGCGGACAACCUUGUGAUGAUACAGAGUUCCUCAAAUAUGGACACGUUGGUCCGGCGUGCUGUGCAUGGGAAUCUUAACAUCCGCCUCCAAAACCACAACUCUAAAGCCUCGAUCCUUGCCCUUUCUGUCUUAUCGUUCGGGAUUCAGAGCCAUAAAACAAGACCAACGUGCGCACCAGCCUCACUUUGGUUUUGCGGGAUGUGUUGCGGUCUUUCCAUAUCAUAGUGAGUUUAGUCAUUGCUGCUUUGGACAUUUGGAUUCUUCUUGAUAUCUCUCCCUAGCUGCCACCCACAUUACUGAGAAGAGAUUCAAAGUAUACAAAAUGGUCAACACGAUUGUUUAAAUUAAUCUUAUUAAAAUGAGUGUAUUUUUAUUUUAUUUUUUUCUUAAAUAUCUGUGUACUACACCCGUUUAAAAACACUUUAAUAGGUUAUAAAAAUAAGCGCUUCAUAAUUUGUUCAAAUAUUUACGGUGACGAUUGUUUUAUUUUUCAAUAAAAUUAAUCUUACC